GGUGAAUAUACAGACAUGGAUGACCAUAGUUUGUACCUCUGUUACUUUGUUGGCUUUCUGUUUUGGUCCCAGCACCUACCUCUAGCCAGGUGUGAGAACCAGCGAAAACUUGUAAUGUUGAACGCGGUUUAUCGCCAUGGCGACCGCUCUCCUACUCACAUUUAUCAAAAUGAUCCGUACCAAGAAGACGUGUGGCCGCAAGGAAUGGGAAUGCUAACACAAAAAGGAAUGCGCGGAGAAUAUGUUCUUGGUAAAUUCUUCGAGAAACGAUAUGUUGAAGAUUACAAACUUCUGAACGCCACUUACAUUCACAGAGAGAUCUACAUUCGGAGCACUGAUAUAGAGCGUACGCUAAUGAGUGCACAGACACAGCUGAAUGGCCUGUACCCACCAAAAGGUCAUCAGAUAUGGCGUGAUAAUUUAGACUGGCAACCAAUUGGAAUCCACGUGGUACCGUUAAAAGAAGAUUAUCUUCUCGCCGUUUUUGACUACCCCUGCCCUCGCUAUUUCAAACUUAAUGCGGCGGGCAAAAAGGAGCCGGGAUAUAUCAAAAUGACACUACAAUACAAGGAUUUGCUGGCCUAUGUCUCUGAAAACAGUGGAGAACAAAUUGACGUGUCAACUAUGUUCAAAAUCAGAGACCCAUUGAUAUGUGAGAAAUCCCACAAUAUGACACUGCCCGACUGGGUAUUAAACGGUACAACAUAUGAAGAUAUUGGAAAAGUGUCUGACUAUGGCAUGGGAUGGAAUUUUAACACCCGUGAAAAAGCGAGACUCACUGGAGGUGCACUGGUGGGAAGAAUGAUUGAAAACAUGAAACUCUUCUCAUCGCCACAGAAGAGGAGCGAAACCCAGGAACCUGUUAGGAAGGUCUAUCUUUAUUCAGCGCACGAUACCACGCUUUCAGCAUUUAUGAGUGCUCUUGGAGUGUUCAAUGGAAUUUCACCCGAUUACUCCAGCGCUGUCAUGGUUGAACUGUUCCAAUCCGGAGGAGGCCUGGAGGUUCGUGUGAUGUAUCGAUUUGGUCAAAAUGAACCCCAUGCUCUGAUACUGCCUGAGUGUGAAGAGUUCUGUCCACUGGAUAAAUUUAUUAGGUUAACACAUGACGUUAUACCAGAAGACAUUGUGAAGGAAUGUGCAAUUGAGCAGGAAAAGUGUACUUGUGUUAAAGUGACUGAUUAUGAACCAAAGGGAUGUUACAAGGAGGCACGGACAAAGAAGAAGAGAAUUUUCCCCAAGACAUUUGGUGUCGUCAAAAACGUUGACUUUGUCAACCCAGAUGUAGAACAGAUUUUCAACGAAUGCAAGAAACUGGCAGAGAAUGAAGGCUAUGAAAUCUUUGCUAUUCAGAAAAUCAACAAAUGCGUGACAACAAAAGACGGAAAGACAGCAAACUUUGCUAAGCAUGGCAUAUCGUCGAAGUACAUUGUAGAUGAUAAUGGAACCGGUGUUGGCAUGGACAGUAAAGCAAACUUCGUUUAUUCAGGGUAAACUUGGGAACGUUGAACACCUGGAGACAGCUGAUAUAAGUCGUGACAACCAAGUCAAUUGCUAUGCUUAAACUUAAGCUCAUUCAGCUUUUAGGAGCCGGUGAAAAGUUUCCUUUAUUGAGAUACUGUUAUUGGGGUGUGAGGAGUUGGUGUUAUGACCAAACAAUAAAGAAAUGUCGAGGGAUCUUUCAGGUGUC